AUGCACAGCCACGGCUCUGCCCCGGCCGCCGGCGCCCACGACCAGGCCGCCUACGACAUGGUCGACCCUCACGAUCUCCCCUACCGCCCUGGCACCGCCGACACGUUCCAGCAGGCCCAGACGGCCUUUCACGACUUCGACGGCGUGCAUUGCGUCCAGCCGCUCGCCGAACUGCGCGAGGUGUCCGAGGGCCACGGCCACUCGAUGCUACACUCGGUCCCGCAUCCUGGCCAGGAGGGUGCUCCGCCGCCGCAGGACGGCAUGGUCUACUACCCCGCCCCCGUCCCGCGCCUGCUCAACCUUCCGAAGCGCCUUUCGCAGCUCCCGGCCGCCGCCAUGCAAUCGAGACGGAAAUCACAAGCGUUGGAGGCCGAGGCGAGGAAUUCGGCCAUAUGGGUGGGCGAUGGAGGAGAAGGCUCGAGCAAGGCUGACAAGAAAAAGGCCGCCGAGGCGAGGCGCAGCAUGCCGCCGCAGUUGCGCGCAGGCAUGUUCUUCGAGUCGCCCAGCGUGCCGCAGGACAUUCAGUUGCAGGGAGACUCGGCCGAGCAGACCCUCGAAGGCAUCUUGGAAGCUUCGGCGAACGCCCCGGUCAACGCUUUCACGGACCACCCUGUCGCAGGCCACCUGGGGAACGAAGUCUAUGGCAAGGAGAACAAGCGGAAGAGCACGUCGGCUCUGCUCGGACUGGACAAGAAAAAGAGCCAGUCGGAGCUGGCGGACAAGAGGAAGAGCACGUCUACACUUCUGGUGGACAGCGCCACGACUGCGCCGCCGCCGCGCCUCGACCUUGACGCUCCGCCUUCGGAGGAACAGCUCGGGAAAAAGGUGCACAAGAAGAAUCGCAGUUCCUUCACCCUCAUUUUCGGGCGGAAAUCCAGCUCGGACCAGCUCAAGAAACUCAAGAAGAAGAACAGCAGUGGUGACAAGCUCAACAAGCUUCAGAAGCGCAACAGUCAGCUAAGCCUAGGCAAUCAACUCGACACCACUGCAGCCGCCCCCACCGAACUAGAACAACGAAAAACCCUACAUCAGCGCCAAGUGUCAACCUCGACCAACGACUCCCACAUUGACGAGUCGACCCCCCUGCAGGAAGAUGACAUACCGGCUGACGCUCACCGCGGACCAGGGCAUGAGGACAGCGACGAAGAGGAAGAAUCCGACGACGGUGCGACGGCCCAGCAAGAAGAGUACUUUGGCCCGCCGACGACGCUCUUGGCGGAGCUCCAGAUGCGCAAGGCUCAGCAGCGGACUCGCAACCGGACGGCGGUCACCGCGUUCCCGGACGGCAUGCACAGCACGCUGCUGCAGCUCGACGCGGUCGCCGAGAUCGAGAAGAAGCGCCGCCAGGGCCAGCGCGUAAACUUGGCUUGGGAGGACCCGAACGCAGAGGAAGACGACGACGACGUGCCGCUUGGCAUGCUGUUCCCCGGCCAGAACGGGCUCGUGCAAAAAGCUGCCCAGGGCAACGGCGCUUUGGGCAUGGGCGGCGGAGGCCGGGAAGACUAUAACCGCCCGCUGGGUCUGCUGGAGAAGAAGGCCCUCGAGGACAACGAGCCGCUGUCUAGCCGGCGAAACCGUCUUCGCGGCCUAGCGCCAGGCACAGUGUUGCCGCGCGACGUGAGUCCCGGCAGGAUCGACAUCGACAGAACAGGGACGCCCCGUGUCGCGAUCACGGCGUCGUCCGAUCGGGCGGUGCCGCUGCCAGAGCCUGAGUAUGAGGACGAGCCAUUGGCGGCGCGCAAAGAGCGGUUGAAGCGGAAGGAAAUGCUGGAUGGCGCGCUGGGAGACAUGAAGUCGCGGCCCAUUAGCGGCGACUUUGCCAGCGAGAUGAUGAGCCAGCUCGCGACGGCGAAAGAAGGCGAUGAGAAGAACGACGAGAAAGAUGAGAAGAACGCAGCAGGGCCGACGACACCCGGCGGCAUGCCGGGAGAGGAGGAAGAGACGCUGGGACAGCGGCGCGCGCGCCUGCAAGCCGAACGCGGCGGCGUGCCCACCACACCUUCAGGCCUUGCGCCGAACGACCCGCUCCGCCCGCCUCUCAAGGCCAGCCGCAGUCUGGCGGACAUCUUGUCGGCGCACCCGGUGGCGAACCAGGCGCGCAAGGUGUCAAACGACCAGCUGUUGUCGGCGCUGCCGCGCGGGAGCUUACUCGCGAACAACGAAGUAAUAGCGCAACGCCGCUCGCGCGCAAUCCUCGAGGGCAACAAGCGUAGCACGAGCUACGGGGGCGUGUUUGGCGGGGCGGGCGCGGGCGCGGGCGCGGGCGCAGGAGGCAGUGGCAGCGGCAGCGGCAGCGGAGCGGGGCUCGGCCUCGGCGGGCCGCUGGUCGACGUGGGCGCGCAGAACCGCACGCGCUCAAUGCUGCUCGACAGCGGGGCGACGGGCGCGCGCAGCGGCGAGCGUGGCCUCCUGGGCUUGGGGGGCGCGAGACUGCAGCCGGCGCCGGGGGCCCUGGGCGGGAUGCAGAGCGCGGCGGCGUCGUCGGGACGGGCCAUGACGAUGCAGGCGCCGCCGCCGAUGCCGCUGUCGCCUAUGGGGAUGGGCAUGCCGAUGCAGCAACAGAUGGGAAUGAUGCCCCAGGGCGGACUGCUCUCGCCGGGCUUGCCGUCGCCGAUGGGCAUGCCGAUGGGGAUGGGAAUGGGCAUGGGCAUGGGCAUGGGCAUGCCAAUGAUGCAGCAGCAGCAGCCGCUGGCGUCGCCGGGCUUGCCGCUUUCGCCGAUGGGCAUGCCGCUGGCGUCGCCGAUGGGCAUGCCCAUGGGGAUGCAGCAGCAGCAGAUGGCGCCGAUGGGGAUGGGCAUGGGGGGCAUGAAUAUGAACAUGGGCAUGGGUGGUAUGGGCAUGCCGAUGCAGAUGCAGAUGCAGAUGCAACAGGGCGUGGGUGUUGCGCAGCAGGCGGGCUUGGAGCAGGGGCGCCGCGACGCGAUUGAUCGGUGGAGGCAGAGCGUGUCGUAG